UUAAUCGUUGAUGUCAAAAACUGUGAAAAACAAUAUGUCAAUAGGGAGAUUUUUCGUAAACAAUCGGAUGAAAUUCUGAAUUUCCAGGUGCUUUCCGGCCUUCGAGGAGGUGAAAAUGCAGCACAACUCCCAGGCGCACUUGUUCCAGAUACAGGUCAAAUCCCUGAUCAAAACGUUAAAGUGUCUACAAUCGGACGAUAAAUACCAGGCUUUACUGUUUCUCAUCUCGGCCAUUAAGUUGUACGUGAAAUUCUUGUACAACGACAACCAGGAGCGAAUUUAUAAGCCGUCAAUACUCAAAGAGUUGAGCAACAUCCAGAAUGUGAUUAUUGCGAAUCUGUUAAAGUGCCGUAGUGCGGCCGGGACAUCGUCCUCGUCGUCGGCAGUGGCAUGUGAACUGCGAACCAGUGUGCGGAACAACCUCGCCGGGGCGUCCGGCAGUGAUGGAAUUCUGCUCUUCCGCCAUGGUGGCUCCCGUCCGCUUCGGUCGCUGUCCGCGUACGACCUCAAGGGGAAGCUGCUACGUGGUGGUCUUUUCGACGGAAUCCCGCUGUCCGGAGCGGUCAACAUCAAACCACGCAACCGCCUUGGAACCAUCACCUGCUUCGGAAGUGUCCAGCUGAACCGUUCGCUGGUGCGAUUGAUCGCAUCGCGUAACUUUAAGCUGCUGUUCAACAUGUUCGAGCAGAACGUUUUCCCGACGUGGAAGAUCUUCAAGGAGAAUCGCCCAGGUGGGGGUGGCCGGUCCCGGACACGACCAUCAAUGCCGGCAAUUUGCUACAGCGGCGGAUCGUCCCACUCUCCGCCGGCGGCCUACAUCAAGAAGGAAGACUUUGACUUUGACGCGCCGUACUCGCUGGCCGUGGACGAUCCCUGCUUCGAGGAGCUCAAGGACGACAUGGACCUGGACCUGCUGAAGGACGAGGACGACGACGACGACGAUGACGAUUCGAUUUCCAACGAAAUCUACUCGGAAGAAUCGUCCACCAACAACACGCUGAUGCUUUCGUCCGACACCAACACGCUAGACACGAACGAUUCGAACUUGGUGCCGGGCGAGCGAAGCAAAGAGCAGGUUUACCAGUGUUUGCUGUGCGACAAGAGCUACCGGAAACGAAAAUCCUUGGUUAUUCACUUCAGCCACCAUCCGGGAUUCUGUCCGGACUGUGGAAAGCAACGAGGCGCUACUUCAUUGGAAAUCAUUGAGCACAACAAAAUACACCACAAAAAUCGGCCCCACAUCUGCGAGCACUGCGGCGAAACCUUCUCGCGCAACCAACAGUAUCAGGUCCACGUGCAGGGACACUUUAUCAACAAGAUGAAAAUGCAGGAGCAAAACAGUAAAAAAACGUACAAGUACAGCUGCCGCUCGUGCGGGAUCGUCUUCAACAACCAGAAGUAUCUGGAGAAGCACGUCCAGAAGACGGGCCACCAGGCCGAGGGGGUGAUCUGCGAGACGUGCGGGGCCGUCUUUUCGUCCAACAUCAAGCUGCACCAGCACGUGGCGAGGACCCACAAAAAUGAAAAACGUUUCACGUGCGAGCACUGCUCGAAGGUGUUCAACCAGAAGGCGAAUCUCGACCGGCACCUGCUGCUGCACACCAACAUCAGCGAAAAGAGCUACCCGUGCGAGCAGUGCAGCGCGUCGUACCUCUCGAUGGCCUCGCUGCGGGAGCACAUCAAGGUGGCGCACAUUGGGGACGAAAAAUUCGAGUGCAACAUUUGCCACAAACUGUUUGCGGCGAAGCGGUCCCUCAAGCGCCACAAGCUAUGCCACUCGGAAGAGCGACCCUUCCCCUGUACGGUAGAGAACUGCAAAGAGGCCUACAAGAACCAAUCUCACCUGGUGCGGCACAUGAAAACGGCGCACCACAUCGAGACGCCGCCCAAGCGGAUACAGAAGGUGAUCAAGAGCAUCAGCGAGCAGAGCACAGAUUUCGUCCCGCUGGAUCCGAUCGGAACCGGUGACUCCAGCGCCAGCAAAAGCAACCCCAUCAACAAGAAACCAGUGAUUGGCGGCAGUGACAAGUCCAUCGGCGACAGCAGCACCAACUUUAGCGAUAACAUGUCCGCGUUCAACUACGACUACGUCGAUCCGGUUCCGGCGGCCGCUCCGGUCACUGCGAUCGUAGACCAAGGCCAGCAGCGACUUCAGAUGCUGGGUCCGGCAGGGCCGCGAAUGGGCGUCCACUCCAGUGCAACGGCAGGCUUCAGUGAUCACUCCGCCACCACCGCCAUGGGUUACGGUGGCCAAAGCUCAAGCGAUCACUUCGAAUGGCAGAAUCUCGAAUUUGGUGGUGGCAACGGGCCGGGAACCUCGCAACAGCCUCACCACCACCACCAUCACCAUCAACAACACCAACAUCAGCAGCAGCACCCGCCGUCAAUGAUGACCAUGGAGCACAUGAGCCAAGGCUACAUGGACAAUGCCCACAGCAAAGGCGGCUUCAUGGCCGGUGCUCAAGCUGGGGGCGGUGGUCUUCCGGGAAUGAGGGUAUUUCCGGUAAGCUUCUCGAAUAACAGUGACUUUGAGAGCAUUGAGUCCAAUUCGUUUGCGCAGGAUCCGAAUCUCAUUUGCGAGCACUGUGACGAAACCAACUUCCUAAACAGUCAACAGCUGCAGGUUCACAUACAGGACCACUUUUCCGCCAAGGACGGCAAGGAACCGACUGGGAAGAAACUGCAACGAUUGCACUGCAAAACGUGCAACCUGGUGUUUGCCACCGGCGCUCAGCUAGAUCGUCACAUCCUGAAAACGAACCACCACACCGACUGUGUCGCGUGUGACCUCUGUAGUGCAAUAUUCAACUCUAAUCUCAAAGUCUAUCAGCAUAUGCUCAAGUGUCAUAAGAAUGAAACCUGGUACGCGUGUGAGCAGUGCUCGAAAGUUUUCAUAUUGAAACACGAGUACGACAAGCACCAGCUGGUACACCAGACCGUCACGGACAAGUCCGUCAUCUGUGAGCACUGUGCGUCGUCCUUUUUCUCGCAGGAAGCGCUCAAGGAACAUAUCAAAAUUUCGCACACAGUGGAAAAGAAGUACGAGUGCAACAUUUGCAACAAGCUGUUCGCGGCGAAGCGCUCGCUAAAACGCCAUAAACUAUGCCAUGAGGAGGAGGGUGCCUUCCCCUGCCCGGUCGAGGACUGCAAGGAAUCGUUCAAGACGCCCACCAGCCUGGCCAAGCACAAAAAGAUGGUCCACAGCAUCGGGCCCGAACCGGGCGAGAAGGGUGGCGCCAAGGGGAAGGCCGCGGCGGCGGCCAAAGCGGCAAGUGAAAAGCUGCUGCCGGAGCCGCCGCCAGUUGCUGCGGCGCUGCAAUCAGCAUCGAUGCAGCCGGGAACUCCGACUCCGACGGGCUUGGGAAUGGGUCCGGCGGCGAUGGCGAUGAAGAUGGAACCUAGGACGCCCACCGGAAUGCUGGUACCUCCGUCGCGGACGAGUAGCACAAGCAGCGCCGGUGCCGGAAGCAACCCGAACACGAUUCCGUAUGGGGAUCCGUACGGAGCGGCGGCCGGAAUGCACUACAACAACGUGAUGGGUCAACAGCCGCAACAGCAAGGGCACUUUGCAGUGCAGCAGAACCCGGCACUACACUACGGCGCGGGAGUGGUUCCCGGUGCCGGGCGGGUUGCCGCCGGUGACCAAUCCAUGACAUACCGAAUGGACCCGAACGCGGCCGGUCAGUAUGGCCACGGGACGGGAGGUGGAAGCGGUGCCGGUUACGGCCACAUGAACAGUUCGUUCGAGUGGCGAGGAAUGGAGCUGCCCAACAGUAUUGACCCCGGCAUGGGCACGUCUAGUGGGACGGGCGGGCAGCAGUCUGUGCAGUCGGUGGCCGCCACGAUGAAAGCCAACAAGUACUACCCGGUGAUGGAUCCGAACGGCGCUGCUGGCGGGAACUUUAUCCAAGGACAACAACAACCAUCACAACAGCAUCAAUCUCCGCAUCACCACCAUCAACAUCAGCAGCAGAUGCACGCGCAACACAUCAAGCAAGAGCACGUUCAUCACCAGCAGGCUCAACAACAACAGCAGCAAGUGAAGCAAGAACCUCAACAACAACCGCCCCAGCAACAUCACCCGCAGCAGCAGCAGCAGCAACCACAAAUGAUGGGCAUGAACAAUCAGGAGUUUAUGGGCUACCAGGAAAUUUGGAACUCCAACAUGGUCAAAAUGGAAUACCAGCAACAGCAGCAGCAACAGCAGCAACAGGAUGACGGAAGCAGCCCGAACGUAGCGGGAAGCUCCUACAACAACAUUGGCAACAUUCUGUCGAACCUGGAGUUGAUUGGCAACAACAGCACCUACGAGCAAACGUAUGACAUUGUUCCACCAAACGCCCAGCAUGCGGCAACGGAUCAACAACAACAACAAGCCGCUCAGGUCUCUCAAGCUCACGUGCAGCAACAGAUGGCACCCAAGAACAACUACCACAAGCAGCAGCCGCCGCCGCAGGCCGUUCACCACCAGCAGCAAUAUUUCCAAGAACAACACCAUCCCCAUGCCGGUGGUGCCGCCACAGGUCUUCACCACCACGUGCAGAUGCAACAUGGCCACCACAGCCAGCAGCAAACGCCCAGCCCGCAUCACCACCCGCCGCACAUGCAACAGCAGCAGCAGCAGCAGUUCCAGGGCGCGCAACAUCAACAACAGCUGCAGCAACAGCAACAGCACCAGUACAAUGCACAUCUUCCGCACCAUCACGCGACGGGUCCCCCUGGAGGAGGUGCCGCAGUACAUCACACAGCGGCUGGUCCCUCGUCGGCCGGUCUUCCGCACCAGCAACAACAGCCGGGAAUGUACCCGCAGCAAGCCCAACAGCAGCAGCAGGACCACACCCUCACAGACAUAUCGAAAACGAACAACCUGCAGUUUGUGGACAGCUUCACCGAGUCGAUCGACUAUCUGCAGCAGUCGUUCCAGUACGUGUAAUGUAGAGGUGCGAUCGUCUGUGAGUCCCAUCCCAUCUCUGUGUUUCUCUCUAUCUAUCUCUUAUUAUCUCUCUCUCUCUCUUGACUCGACGGAGACGCGGAUUAGCGUGUGCACGGACCGGUUCGACGCUUGGUAUUCACCCAGGUAGCAUGCAAGUUGAACAGUUGUUAUGAAAACUGUUGUCUAACUUAAAAAGGUUUUAACAGUCGGGUGUUGAAACCUUGGUCUUGGUUGCAAACAUUUUAGAACUCAUGUGCCCAAAACGCAGGCGUGGCGGCACGAUGAAAAAGAACAUUAUUGCUAUCGAAAAUAAGAUGGCACCGAAAGUUGGUUACCAAAAUUUACAAAAUACGACCAUGAAUAGUUCCACAACAAUCGCUGAUUACUCAUAACGGGGUUGCGGGUUGGGCUUUUUCAUUAUGCCAUUUUAAAUUUCAGCGACAGCGAAAGCAAGCCAGAGAGGUUGAAGAAAGGCCCCAAGAAACCGCUCCCUCUUCUCCGUUCUGCUGUUCGUAAAGCCUUUUAUUGGACAACUUGAAGCUGCAUACUGGCCUUAACUGGGUACAGAGUAGAUUCGCUAAUUAGAAUAGAACUGCAAUUGAAUAGGCGAAUCCGAAUUCGCUCAUUGGUAGACAGCUGGACAGCUGUCAAAAGCUUGAAACCACGUGCUCGGAAACCGUCGAACAAUGGGGUUGAAAUGUCAACAUCAGUUUGAAUGCUGGUUUUGACGUUUAGGUGCUUUUCAAUUCAAAUACGUUCUGGGUUCUAAAUAAAAUGAUGCUAAAAUUGCUAAUUAUAUAGUUUACAACGAAAAAACUUAUUUUUCUAAGUACAAUUACCCUUUGUACGCCGCUGAAGAUUAAAAUGGAUUUUUAAAUCAAUUUAAAAAAUAACUUUGCGGCUCUUCUUCACAGAAAAGAGUUGAUAUAGAGCA